AUGAUCUCCGCAAUCCUCCUUGUCAUCAUCGCCAUCUUCCUGCCUCCAGUUGCGGUAUACAUCGUUGCUGGCUGCGGAGCCGACCUUCUCAUCAACAUUGCUCUCACGAUUUUGGGCUACUUUCCAGGCCACAUUCACGCCUUCUACGUCCUCUACGUCUACUACAACCGGAAAGAGCAAGUGCAGCAGGGCUACUACGAUGACAGACCUGCGCCGGGCGUGUACUCGCAGAAUGUGCAGACUGGAGGACAGGGCUAUGGUACAAUGGGGGCACACUGA